AUGAAUGAAUUCGAGCUAGAAAUUGAUUUAGAUAAUUGCACCACAUAUCACAAUUUUCAAGCAUUUUUAGUUUAUUUAGAUCAAUCAAAAUGCAUUAACAAAUUCUUUAUUUAUUCGCCAUGCUUUUGCAUUCCUUCCCUAUGUGAAUAUUUCCUUUCAUUGGGUGCUUUCAUUAACGCAAAAACUCAAUUUGGGGAAACUGCGCUUGGCUUUGCAGCAAGUGUUAAUUGUAUAGAAAUAUGUGAAAUUUUGAUUUCACACGGUGCUGAUGUUAAUGCUAAAGACAAAGGUGGAUGGUCAGUUCUUCAUGCUGCAGCAUAUAAAAACAGUAAAGAAAUAGCCGAAUUCCUUAUUUUGCAUGGUGCUGAUGUUAAUGCUAAAAAGAAAGGUGGAUGGUCAGUUCUUCAUGCUGCAGCAGCUAAUAACAAUAAAGAAAUAGUCGAAUUCCUUAUUUUGCAUGGUGCUGAUGUUAAUGCUAAAUACCAAGAUGGAUGGUCAGUUCUUCAUACAGCAGCAGAUAAUAACAGCAAAGAAACAGCCGAAAUUCUUAUUUUGCAUGGUGCUGAUAUUAAUGCUAAAUACCAAGAUGGGCGGUCAAUUCUUCAUGCAGCUGCAUAUAGUAACAGUAAAGAAAUAGUCGAGUUCCUUAUUUUGCAUGGUGCUGAUGUUAAUGCUAAAGACAAAGAUGGAUGGUCAGUUCUUCAUGAAGCAGCAGGUAAAAACAGUAAAGAAACAGCCGAAUUCCUUAUUUUGCAUGGUGCUGAUGUUAAUGCUAAAGACAAAGGUGGAUGGUCAGUUCUUCAUGCUGCAGCAUAUAAAAACAGUAAAGAAAUAGCCGAAUUCCUUAUUUUGCAUGGUGCUGAUGUUAAUGCUAAAAAGAAAGGUGGAUGGUCAGUUCUUCAUGCUGCAGCAGCUAAUAACAAUAAAGAAAUAGUCGAAUUCCUUAUUUUGCAUGGUGCUGAUGUUAAUGCUAAAUACCAAGAUGGGCGGUCAAUUCUUCAUGCAGCUGCAUAUAGUAACAGUAAAGAAAUAGUCGAGUUCCUUAUUUUGCAUGGUGCUGAUGUUAAUGCUAAAAAGAAAGGUAGAUGGUCAGUUCUUCAUGCUGCAGCAGCUAAUAACAAUAAAGAAACAGCCGAAUUCCUUAUUUUGCAUGGUGCUGAUGUUAAUGCUAAAGACAAAGAUGGAUUGUCAGUUCUUUAUGCUGCAUCAAAAGCUAAUAACAAAGAAAUAGUCGAAUUCCUUAUUUCACAUGGUGCAGGUGUUGCUACAGAAUAA